AAUAUUUAUACAUAAUAUUGAUGUUAAAAAUGCUUUGUCAACCCACAAUGCGUCCAGCAAGUCCAGCUGAAUCAGAAAUAUCCGUCGGUGGUGCACCAAGUCCACUACCACAACAUCACCAUUUGCAACGUAAUAGUGCUUUAGAUUUACUACAACAUCAACAAUUAUUGAUGCAACAACAUGCAGCAGCAGCUGGCCUCAUAUCGCGCUCAGCCGUCGGAGCUGUCGCAGAAGAAUACUUUCAGCCGCUGAAACGCUUGCGCAUGUCAGCUGAAGCUGCUGAUACUCGUGAUCGUACCCCCAGUCCAGUGCAAAUUUCAGUGGCAACAACUAACGCAACAACGACAACAGCAGCUGCUAAUUGCAAAUCUAAUAUUGAGGGAGUGAAAAGUUUCUCUAUUGCAGAUAUAUUGGGUCAUGAGAAACGCGGUUCUUCAGCUUCACCGCCACCACCACAAACGCGGACGAUGGCAACUACUAGUUUGUUGCAACCUCGUACAGAACCAUUAGAUGUAGUAAGUGCAGCAGCCGCUGCUGGUGUGCCACAUCCUGCCGCAGCUGCUAUGUUAUUACCUACUGCACAGAUUGUGCGACCUUGGGAUCAUUUACUGGGUCCAAUGCCUGUGCGCCCAUUCAUACCACCCGCACUAUUACAUUAUGAGCAACGUUUAGCUUUGGACUAUCAUCGUCAACUGCAAGAACAUUUUAAUGCACAGGCACAAAUAUUACGCCAUAUGGGUAUGGAUAUAAUACCAUCGGAAAGUGGUUCGGAACGCUCUAGUUCAGCAGCUAGUGAUUGUUGUUCCCCCGAAAUUUUACGUUCUUCAGGAGAAUCUGGUGCUCAGACUCGUCAUUCACCACAUACUGGUAACGAACGUGAACGUUCGGGUAAUUCUAAUUCUACGAAUGGUAACUCAGCUUCAGGAAGUGGUAAUAGUUCCAGUAAUACUGGCAAUUUAAGUUCCAGCAACAACAAAACCAAAGCAAAUGGUACACCUCUAGAUGCACUAUUUCAAAUGACAACGAAAGAUUUUGAUGAAUCGCAAGCAAUUAACAAUUUGAGUCUUAGCUUAUAUCUAAAGACACAGAACUAA